AUGACCUUGGCCAGGACAGACUCUAGUUGCGGCCCUGCGGGGCGCGCAGGGGCGAAAGCCCGGCCGGAACGCAGGGGGCAUCCAGAGCUCCGGCUUCGCUCCUGCCUGGGGCAGCGCUCCACCAGCGGGCGCGAACGCCUCCCUGAACAUCCCUCGAGGGUCAGCGCGAGCUCCGCGCUUGCUCAAAAGCGGCCCGCUGCUUCGGGAGAGUCCCAGAGGCGGGCCUGCGCGGCGCCCUUUCCGCCGCUAGAGGCGCCGCCGCGCCCAGCUCUUUUGGCCCGCCCGGCCGCCGUAGCCAGCUUCCGGAAAGAUGGCGGCGCGCAGCGCGGGGCGGAAGAGCCUCGCCGCCGGACCCCUGUUGCCAGCAUGGCGGAGCCCGAGCCGGACCCGCUGAGCGGGCGGAGCCUCCCGGAGCUGCGGGAGAUGCUACGGCGGCAGGAGAGGCUGCUGGCCGACCGGGCGUUGGUCUCCCGGCUGCCCGACGGCGGGCAGCGCGUGCGCGGAUGCGCGGCCAGGCUGCGGGCGGCGGUGGCGGCGCGCGAGGAGCAGCGGAGGAGCGGCGGCAGCGGUUUCCCCGGCCCGACGGAGCCUCCCCCCUCGGCGCUGGCGCUGGGCGGCCUCUCCUUGGGGGCGCCGGGUGGGGCCGCGGCGCGGGGUCUGCGCGGGGCCGGCGUGUGAGUAUCGGGGUUCGGGCGGGUCUGGCGGGGUCCUCCUCGGGCCCCGCUGAGCGGCUCCCGCUUCCGCAGGCGGCCCGUCGGAGCCCCCGCAGCGGAGAAGGAGCGGCGGCGCUCAGAGGACGCGACGGCCGCCCGGCCGCCCCCCCUGCGCCACGCGCCCGCGCAGCUGCUGCCCCUGGCCGAGUCGGUCGCCAUCCAGGUCCGGCAGGAGCAGGCCCGGCAGGAGAUGCAAGCUAAGGUCGCAGGCCAAAAACUCGCUGAAAGGCUUGGCAUUAAGAUGGUUCACUAUGAGCCAGAAGGGAAGAUGAUGACCAGCUACAGAGAAGUAAGGGAUGAAGAAGGUGACAGCUCAGCUGAGGAC